GUAUUGAUGAUUUUCGUUUAGCUUUGACCAAAAAUCUCACGAAAAAAGGUUGGUCUACAUUUAGUUAAAAACAAAAGUCGGUCUACAUUUUCCCCUAUAAUGUAAAAAUAGUAAGGAACAAAAUGAGAAUUCGAUCUGAAAUUACUUUUGCUAGUACAACUUUUGAUGCUCUAUCUAGUGUAGAAGUUUCAUCGAGAACGAAUGCAUGCUUCAUUAGUUCUGAGCAAAACAAGUUGCAAAAGGUCAGUCUACAUUUAGAGCGGAAAUUGAGAAUGAAAGCUGUUUUUAUCUCUACGAAAUCAUGCAAACUGGAUUCUUUUUUAAAUAGAGUUGUAGAUCGACGUCUGAUCUACAAUUUAGCCACUCCGAAAAUUUCUUCAGUGGCGGAGUUUUGGGAAAAACUGUAAGAGAAGGUCGGUCUACAAAAAACGGAAAAGAUGCUUGUAAAAUGAUUAUAUCUAAAGAACAACAAAAAAAAGUAAGCAAAGUUGAACACUAAUCAUAUGGUUAGAUUCACAAUUCAAUUCUCUACAGGAUGCACUGCUUUCCUUUUCUUUUUAUAUAAUCAAAAAUUCAAUUUUCAGAUGAUGAGUCAUCAGAAAAUUAAGUUUUUUCAACUUUCGAGUCCCAUAACUUUGCAACGGAAGGAUGUAUCGAGUAGAAAAUUUUUGUGGAAGUGGGCAAAGUACUAGGCAAAGCACAGGAAAAUAUUUCUCAAGCGAGCCUCUUGUAACCUGAGUUAUUAUAGAAACAUAUCUAAACAAGUGAUUGUACUAGAAAGUUACGUUUCUCUCAUAUAUAUAGUAUAGGACAAAAUAGCGUUCUACAUUAGUAACUAUAAAAUACGAUGUUUUAGUUUUGAAACUCACGUUCACAUAAGAGAGUAUAAAAUGGAUUCACCGAAAAACCAAUCUUGUUUUCAUAUCAUGUUCGCCAUAUUUAUUCUUAUUGGAUUUAUAGCCGUAUGGGGACAGCCUCUAAUCCCGACUCAUCUGCUCCCUUCUCCUGGCCAAAUACGAAGUUAGGCUCGCAGACUCGAGAAAAACCGCACAAAGUGGUCGCCCCGAAAGUCUUAUAUUUUGCUUGUAAUUGUGCUACAACUUCAAAUGUUUAACUCCUGUAAUCGAACAAAUCAGAACUGUAAUCUUGUAAUAACCAAUAAAAAGUAAUUAGGAGAGACGAACUAGUUUCGAUUGAAACUUGAGAGCAUCAAUGUUUUACACCUAAAACUCUGAUUCUAAUUCUCUAUUUCUAAAAAUCAACUUUCAAGAUUAGAGUCAACGAAUUUAGGACAUAAGUUUUGUCAUGGGAACUUUGUAAAGAAUAAGUUGAGAAUUUAAGGGCUGAAGUUCGGCUUACAACGGCUAUCAAUGGCACAGUUUUCAGCUUUUGUCUAAACGCACAAGUGCCUCUUGUAACAGUUACAGCUUAUCUCAACAGAAAACAUGUUUCACAAACUGACAGGACAAAAAGAACCCACAAAUUUCUUUCACGGAACAAACGGGCUCGAAACAACAUUUUUUACUCACAGCUUCAGACUUACGAGACGAGACAAAAACUGUUGUGUUCGAGAUCAGACUCAGAGCAAUAAAAAAGUUUAUCCCGCAGGACUCCAGUUAGAUUUCUCAUAAUCAUAGUCUGACAAUUAUUAGAAUGUAUAUAAGUUUCUAGAAACAAUUGUGUACACGAAGCCCUAUUGAUUAUGGUCCUCGAUUCUUUAAUUUCAACAUAUUUGUAUGAUUUAGUGUGCUUUCCUUUUUCCCUGUAGUUAGUUGCAAAUUUGUCGAAUUUCCAUCAGUGAUCAUGCAUGAUUCAUCGAUAUUUUUAGUAUAUUUAAGUUUAAUAGCGUUCUCAAUAAUUCGUUUUUGUUCUACAUCAACAUUUCUCAAAAUUUUGAACUUUGAAUUCGUUUUUAAACGCAGAUCAAAUAGUAAAAAUUGCAAAUGCGUCAUUGCUUAAUGUGUGUAAAACCCGUGACGAGUGAUAGAUAUGUGGUGAUAUAACAGAAUUUAUAUCAAGUUGACAUUUAGAAUAUUAUUUCUACUACUACUUCUAAUAAAUAAUAAUAAUACUGUUUGUUUUUUAUCUUCUUGUUUCAACCUUGCGACAGUCUUUAUAAAUUCGUAUUGUGUGAUGCCUAUUCAUUUUUCUCCUUCUUUAUUUUUUAUUGAUAUUGUUAUUAGAACAAACAAAUAGAGAAAAUCGAGAUGAAAGAAAAAUUCUUUUUUAUCUCUCUAUUUUAAAUUUUUAUCUCAUUUGUCCGAUAAAAAUUCUUUUUAUACGGAUCCAAUAUUCUACGUAGAACAGUAAAUGAGUUGUUAUUAACAUCAACAACAGCAGUCAUCAUUAAUUAAUUGGUCACACCAUUAUCAUUGUCAAUCAAUGAUGAUAUCCAAUUUAUCUAUGUAUAUGAAAAAUAUUUAUUUAUUCUACUAGUUAAAAAUGAAUAUCGAAUAUUUUGAAUAUUAUCAAUUGUAUUCGCUUAUUGAUAAUCUUAAUUUACCAAUAUAUUCUAAAACAAAAUAUCCAUUAUCAAAUGCAAUUUUAUUUACAAUUAAUUUUCAUAAAUUUUAUCCUUGGUUUCUACUUCCAUUUGGUAUCAUUGGUUCAUUAUUAACAAUCAUCAUCUUUACACGAAAAAAAUUUAAAAAAUUUGGUUGUUCAGUAUUAUUUGUAGCCGAGAGUGUCAUGGAUUUGAUAUUAAUAACUCUAAACUGUGUACGUUUGAUAAUUCGAUAUACAUUUACAUCACAUUUUUUACGACGUUCACUCUAUAUUUGUCGGACAUAUAAAUUUAUGACCAAUUAUUUUAAUCAUUGUGCUGUGUGGAUAUUAUGUGUGAUAUCAUUGGAACGUGCUGCUGUUACAAAACGAUGGAAUAAAAAAGUAUUUAGUAAAAAUCAUUCGUAUCUUAUAUUGAUAAUUAUUUUUACUAUAUUAUUCAUUUUAAAUGGACAUUAUCUUCUUUAUUUUCAUAUUGAACAAUCAGAUGAUAAUUAUAAUUAUACAAUAUUAAAAAAAGAAAAAUAUAUAUUAUGCCGUUCUAAUUUGACACAAUCAGCUGAGAAUUAUAAACUUUUUUACCAACAUUAUUUAACUUGGAUGGAUUUUAUUCUUAAUUCAUUGAUACCUUUCUUUAUAAUUCUCAUUGCCAAUUUAAGUCUGAUGUAUAGUGUUUGUAUGUCACGAAUAUUAAUGAAUAAAUUAAAUAUGAGACAAACAAAAGCACACAAGGAUACACAAUUGGCCUAUAUUCUAUUUGUAUCAACAUUUUUAUUUUUACUUAUGACAUUUCCAAUGAGAAUAUUUUCAAUAAUUGAACCAUAUUUAAAAUUUGAUAAAGAUAUAUUAAUUUUAUUAGAUGGUAUUAUGAGAUUUUUAUUAUAUUUAGAUCAUGGUUGUGGAUUCUAUUUAUAUACAUUUACCGGAGAAUUAUUUCGAAAAGAAUUAAGGAGAUUUUUGCUUAUGUUUUUAUUAGGAAGACGACAUUAUAAUUGGUCGAUAGAAUCAAAAAGACAUAGUGAACUGAGUUGUUCAAAUGGUGGUACUCAUCAGCAACAUGCUCAACCAACACAACAACAACAACAUUUAUUUAAUAAUUCCGUCAGUAGUGGUGGUGAUGCGCGUGGCGAAGGAUGGAAACAGAUAUCAGCCAGACCACUUAGUCCAUAUGGAAUGAAACGUCACGAUUUCAUUGUUGAUCAUAAAGGUGGUCUAGUGAUAUCGCCUGAUCCAAUGUCAAAAUCUCAUAGUCGUGAAUUUUUCAAAAAGAAUAAACGUAGUCAUAGUAAAAAAGAUGGAAAUAAUGUCACAAGAAAUAAUAAGAACAAUAAUCAUCACUUGAAUAAUCGAGAACUUAGUUCACAUAACGCGAGUACAACUGGCGCUGAUGGUGGAACAGAUAGUGGUCACUCAAAAGAGAGGAAAACAAAAAUUUGUUGUCUUUUAUAA